GCCGCCUUGCCUACGCCUCGUUUUGCAUCCGGGUCUUCGGGUUCGCGCUCCACUUGCUGUUGCGGGUCGUUCGGGGGUUGCUAAGUGUUGGCUGUUCUGAUCGUUCCUGCGUGGGAAGAGCUGGUUUGAACUUCUUGUCCUGGAAGCUGUGCACCACCGUAAUGAGGCUGGUAAUUCUCGAUAACUAUGACUUGGCUAGUGAAUGGGCAGCCAAAUACAUCUGUAAUCGUAUCAUCCAGUUCAAACCUGGACAGGACAGAUACUUUACCCUGGGUUUACCAACAGGUAGUACACCAUUAGGAUGUUAUAAAAAACUAAUAGAAUAUCACAAAAAUGGAGACCUCUCUUUUAAAUAUGUGAAGACCUUUAACAUGGAUGAGUAUGUAGGACUUCCCAGAAAUCAUCCGGAAAGCUACCAUUCUUAUAUGUGGAAUAACUUUUUUAAGCAUGUUGAUAUAGAUCCUAAUAAUGCUCAUAUCCUUGAUGGAAACGCUGCAGACUUACAAGCAGAAUGUGACGCAUUUGAGAAGAAAAUAAAAGAAGCUGGAGGAAUUGAUCUCUUUGUUGGAGGAAUUGGUCCGGAUGGUCAUAUUGCUUUCAAUGAGCCAGGAUCCAGUUUAGUAUCAAGAACAAGGUUAAAGACUCUAGCAAUGGACACCAUUUUGGCAAAUGCUAAAUAUUUUGAUGGAGAUUUAUCGAAGGUGCCAACUAUGGCUCUAACAGUUGGUGUGGGGACAGUGAUGGAUGCUAGAGAAGUAAUGAUCCUCAUAACAGGCGCACACAAGGCAUUUGCUCUCUACAAAGCAAUAGAAGAGGGAGUCAGCCACAUGUGGACUGUUUCAGCUUUCCAGCAGCACCCCCGAACUAUUUUUGUGUGUGAUGAGGAUGCUACCUUAGAAUUAAGAGUUAAAACUGUGAAAUACUUUAAAGCUCUGAAGAGAGGAACUGUUCCUACUCCUGCUUAUUCCCAAAGGACCUGUACACAUUCUGGAACUACCGAUUCAUAAAUAAUUGAAAACUGGUAUAUACUAGGUUUAAUGCAUGUGCACAAUAAACUUGUGGACCCACUAUACAGUAUGAAAGGAGGAGACUGAAAGAAAUUGGAGCCAAAUUCCACUCGAAUGAACAGCACACUUUUGUAAUAGAUGGAUUUGCAGCUAUGCAAUAUGAUAAAACAUGGAGAAUUUUUGAAGACUCAUUUUUGAAGUCCAAUAUCUAUAUAUUAAACAUUCCAUAUUUAGAAUGUGUUCAUUUUAUACUAUGGUUUAGGAAUAAUUGGCUCUCAUAAUUAAUCAGCAGUUAAUUUUAAGGUAUGGAAGCCACAUAUUCACUGUAAAACAGCAAAGAAAUUAAAUGUCUAUCUGUUUAAAAAUUUCAAAAGUCAUUUUAAAGGUGAAGAGUGUUACAUCAAGUACAUUCAUAUUUCUCUAGUGGCAUUUUUAGAUUAAUACUUUUAAUCACAUGAAAACACACUAUCAUUGCAAACCUUUACCGGUACUUUUGAAAUGCUCUGUUUUUCUGUGCAUUAUACAAGCUUUCUGCACGUGGUUGCCUUAAGUCAUUUCCCAGCAGUAGUAUCUGGACAUCAAAAGUCCUGCUGUAUGUUGUAGGUACGGAAAAUUUGAAGAGAUGACAGUGCCUAAAAAUAUGUAUGCGCCCUUCUGAAAAGUAUGAAUGAGGGCAUGAUUUUUGUGCGCCUUUUUUACAACUGUGCUCUUGUUUUUAUUUAAUGACUUGGGUUCUUGCUUUUAAUAUAAGUAUUUUGGCAACUAUGAGCUUUAUACCUAGCAACACACUUAAAGAAAUUCUUUUGAAGAAAACUUUCUGAUUAUUGUUGAACUUCAUAAAUGAUUACCUUUAUUCCUUACACACAUCUCUAAAAAGAUAAUAUAAUGAAGUAUAUAUAAAAAUAAUUAUUGUAAACUAUUUUACUUUGUCAUAAGAACUUCAAUCAUUAAACUGCAAAUACAGUAUAUUGUUUUCUAUCUUUAACUUCAAUAAAGCUUAUAAUAAACAAA